AGAGGCAGGUUGUUCGGUAGUUUCUACCGGACUUCCAGAAGAUGGGCACAGGUAGUGGGACACAAAUACCACUAUGGAUAUCAAUACUAGCACUUGCCUACAUACAGAUCAAAGUUCAAGCUCAGGGCAAUGAGCAACAAUCACAAUCGAACUAUGAUUCUCCAUCAUUCCUGCAGCGACAAAACAAUUUUCCACCAGCUUCCAAAUCCCAUGGAGUGACGAUCAUCCCACCUCUUCAAAACACACUGAAAGUAAAGGCUGGCAACCCCUCUCACAAUGGCCGUGUAUGCAGCACAUGGGGUAACUUCCACUUCAAGAACUUUGAUGGGGACAUCUUUUACUUCCCUGGGGUCUGCAAUUACAUCUUUGCAUCCAACUGCAAAUCUCCCUAUGAGGACUUCAAUAUCCAAAUUAGGCGCACCAUGGUGGAAAAUGCUACCGUGAUCACUCACGUCAUCAUGAGGCUGGAAGGAGCAGUGGUUGAACUGACCCGCACCUCUGUCCUGGUCAAUGGCAAACAGAUUCAGAUGCCCUACAGCCAUAUGGGAGUCUUGAUAGAGAGAAGCAACAGCUAUAUCAAAGUUUCUGCCAAGUUAGGACUGACCUUCCUCUGGAAUGAAGAGGACGCCCUCCUGGUGGAACUAGAUAAGAAAUAUGCCAAUCAAACUUGUGGACUCUGUGGGGACUUCAAUGGAAUUCCAACUAACAACGAGUUUAUUUCACAGAAUGCAAAACUGACUGCUGUACAGUUUGGGAAUAGGCAGAAAAUAGAUGGACCCACAGAGCAGUGUGAUGAUCCUAUCCCUUCUGCUGUUCUGAUGAACUGCUCAUCUGAAUUUGCUUCUAUCUGCAAGACAGUAUUAACCAGUGAAGCAUUCACAAGCUGUAAUGCACUUGUGGAUGUUCAGGACUACAUUGAUACUUGCAUACAAGACCUAUGCCACUGUGAUACUUCUAUGGCUGACUUCUGCAUGUGCAACACCUUUGCUGAAUAUUCCCGGCAGUGUGCUCAUGCAGGUGGACAGCCUCUGAACUGGAGAACCUCAGAAUUAUGUCCCAAGUCAUGUCCUUUCAACAUGCAACACCAGGAGUGUGGCUCCCCCUGCUCCGACACCUGCAGCAACCCCGAACGAUCUGCACUUUGUGAAGAUCAUUGUACAGAUGGCUGCACCUGUCCUCCAGGAAUGGUAUUUGAUGACAUUAAUGGUGCUGGCUGUAUUCCCCGUAAGGAAUGCCACUGUACAUAUGAAGGCGAAACUUAUGCUCCUGGUACCUCCUUCUCAUCUAAAUGCAGAUCAUGUACUUGUGCAGGGGGUGAAUGGACUUGUGUCACCCAGUCAUGUCCAGCGACUUGCAGCAUCGAAGGAGGCUCCCACAUUACAACAUAUGAUGAAAAAUAUUAUUCCUUCUAUGGAGAUUGUAGCUAUGUCCUAACCAAGCUCUGUGACAGCAAUGAUUUCACUGUUCUGGGUGACAUCCACAAGUGUGGUCUGACUGACACUGAGACAUGCCUCAAGGGCGUAGCCAUCAGUCUAAGCGGAGGGCAAACUAACAUUGUGAUCCAGCCUUCUGGCAGUGUAUUUGUGAAUAUGAUCUACACACAGCUGCCCUUCUCUGCAGCAAAUGUCACCAUCUUCAGACCAUCAUCCUUCUUCAUCAUUUUACAAACAACUUUUGGUCUUCAGCUGCAGAUUCAAAUUGUACCUCUCAUGCAACUUUUUAUAAACUUAGAUCCAUCACAGAAAGGGCAGACCUGUGGUCUCUGUGGAAACUUCAAUGACAUUCAGACAGAUGACUUCAAAACCACAAGUGGCGUAAUAGAGGGCACUUCAGCUGCCUUUGGCAAUACUUGGAAAACUCGGGCUGAUUGUCCUGAUGCCAAAAUUACCUUUGAGAACCCCUGCACCCUCAGCAUAGAAAAUGAUAAGUAUGCUCAGCACUGGUGUGGCUUGCUCUCUGAUACUACGGGACCUUUUGCUGAAUGUCACUCAACAGUGAAUCCAGAAGUUUACCAGAAGAACUGCAUGUUUGAUACAUGUAACUGUGAGAACACUGAGGACUGCAUGUGUGCUGCCCUUUCCAGCUACGUCAGAGCCUGUGCUGCUAAAGGAAUACUCCUCAAUGGAUGGAGGAACAAAGUCUGCACGAAAUACACCAACACAUGUCCAAAAUCCUUGGAGUACACUUACAAUGUUGAUUCCUGUCAACCUACUUGUCGUUCUUUGAGUGAGCCUGAUGUCACAUGCAACAUCAAGUUUGUCCCAGUUGACGGUUGCACCUGUGUAAAUGGAACCUACAUGGAUGAAAGUGGCAAAUGCGUGCCUGCUGCUAGCUGUCCUUGUUACUACAAAGGAAUGCCUCUGUCUACUGGGGAAGUUAUUCACGAUAAUGGUGUUGUCUGCACUUGCAGUUAUGGAAAGCUGAGUUGCAUUGGAGAGAAACCACCACCAGUCUGUGCACCUCCUAUGGUGUAUGUUGACUGUGGCAAUGCCACUGCAGGUGUCACAGGAGCAGAGUGCCAGAAGAGCUGUCAGACUCUAGACAUGGAAUGUUACAAAACCCACUGUGUCUCUGGCUGCAUAUGUCCUCCUAAUUAUGUAUCAGAUGGCAAAGGUGGCUGCAUAGCUGCUGAAGAGUGCCCGUGUGUUCACAAUGGAGAUUCCUACCGUCCAGGAGAAUCAAUCAGAGUUGGCUGUAACAACUGCACGUGUAGAAACAGAAAGUGGCACUGCUCUGAGGAACCGUGCCUGGAAACCUGUUCAGUUUACGGAGAUGGGCAUUACACCACCUUUGAUGGCAAACGCUUUGAUUUUGAAGGAGACUGUGAAUAUGUUCUAAUCCAGAACUACUGUGGCAGAAAAGGUCUGAAUCAGGGAACCUUCAGAGUCAUCACUGAGAACAUUCCAUGUGGCACAACAGGAACCACUUGCUCCAAGUCUAUUAAAGUUUUCCUGGGGAACUAUGAGCUGGUACUCAGUGAUGGACACUCUGAUGUCAUCCAGAGGUCACCUGGAGGAGAAAUGCCAUUUCAAAUCCGUUCCAUGGGCAUCUACAUGGUCGUUGACACUACUGUUGGUCUGAUACUCAUGUGGGACAAGAAAACCAGUAUAUUCAUCAAACUUAGUCCCAGCUUUCAGGGACAUGUCUGUGGCCUUUGUGGAAACUAUGAUGGCAAUGGAAACAAUGACUUCACUACGCGCAGUCAGUCUGUGGUAGGAAAUGUGCUGGAAUUUGCUAAUAGCUGGAAAGUGUCUUCUACUUGCCCAAAUGCCAAUCAAACCAAAGAUCCAUGCACCGCAAACCCAUACAGGAAAUCCUGGGCACAGAAGCAAUGCAGCAUAAUUACCAGUGAAGUAUUUGCAAAGUGUCACUCCCAGGUUGAACCAAAUGAAUAUUAUCAAGCAUGUGUGGAUGAUGCUUGUGCUUGUGAUACUGGAGGAGACUGUGAAUGUUUCUGUACAGCAGUAGCUGCCUAUGCUCAAGCGUGCAAUGAGCUGGACAUCUGCAUUUCAUGGAGAACUCCAUCCAUUUGUCCUCUGUUCUGUGAUUACUACAAUCCACAGGGAGAAUGUGAGUGGCACUACAAGCCCUGUGGAGCCCCUUGUAUGAAGACCUGCAAUAAUCCAAGUGGGAAGUGCCUUCACGAGUUAAGAGGUUUGGAAGGCUGUUAUCCACACUGUCCAAAGAAUAAGCCCUAUUUUGAUGAAGAAACCAUGGCUUGUGUUUCUAAUUGUGGUUGCUAUGAGAAUGGAAAACAUUACAAGCCAGGAAUGCAGAUGCCUUCAAAGCAGAACUGCCAAACAUGUGAAUGCACAAACCAUGGCAAAAUAUGCAAAUACGAUGAACACGAAUGUGUCUGCAUUUAUGAAGGACGGACAUAUAACUAUACAGACAUGAUCUACAAUACUACAGAUGGCAUAGGAGGAUGUAUUGUUGCAACUUGUGGUCCCAAUGGAACACUUCAAAGAGUUGUGUAUGACUGUCCAAUCUCAACAUCACCCACAACACCGUUUCACUUCAGCACUACACCACCUGCCACUGCUUCCACAGUUACAUCAUCACCAACGACAUCAGUAUGCGUUCAUGAAGUCUGUCAGUGGUCAGAAUGGUAUGAUGGAAGCCCACUAAUCCCUGGAUUUGAUGGUGGAGAUUUUGAAACAUUCAGUGAUUUGAGAGCUAAAGGUUAUGAAGUCUGUAGAGAUCCAAAGGCUGUUCAGUGCAGAGCAGAGAAAUUUCCUAACAUACCACUGAAGGACCUUGGCCAAAGAGUAGAAUGUAAUACACAAUCUGGGCUUAUAUGUUACAACAAAGAUCAAAUUUCAACUAUGUGCUACAAUUACGAAAUCAGAAUCUUAUGUUGUGUUUUUGUACCAUGCUCUUCCACUUCAUCCAUCACAACACCUUACGAAACUUCAACACUGAUCACACAUACCCCAGUUCCAGAAAAGACAACCACAGCAACAAGUACCAUUAUCACAACUUCAUCUACAACCACAGAAACAGGAAGUACUACUAUCACAAGUACUUCUUCGGAAACAGCAAGUACCUCCCCAGAGGCAAUUCGUACAACACCUUGCCAACCAAAGUGCAAAUGGUCCAAAUGGUAUGAUGUCCAUUUCCCAACUUUGCACAACAAAGGAGAUUAUGAAACCUACCAGGAUAUUAGAUCUGCUGGAAAAGCAAUCUGCAGAAACCCUGAAAAAAUACAAUGCAGAGCAGAGAAAUACCCACAUAAAUCUAUUGAAGAAAUAGGACAGGUUGUCCAUUGCAAUGUAACAUAUGGACUUAUCUGCAGAAAUGAAGAUCAAAAGGGAGAACUGCAUAUAUGUCUUAAUUAUCAGGUAAAAGUAUUCUGUUGUGAUGACUACAGCCACUGCCAAACAAGAGUGACACCAACAGUACCAGAGGAAAUUACUACCACCAUUACACAAUCACCAGCUACUACAACCUCAGAAACUUCAACAUUUACAACCAAAUUAACAUCACCAGUCACCAUAUCUCCCACAACAUCAGCACUCUGUGUAAAAGAAGAAUGUGACUGGUCAGUUUGGUAUGAUGUCAGCUAUCCAGAACCAGGAUACAAUGAUGGAGACUUUGAUACAGUUCAGAAUAUAAGAAAACAAGGAUAUGAAGUCUGCGCUAACAGAAUGGCUGUCGAAUGUAGAGCAGUAAGAUUCCCAAAUACACCAUAUCAACUCCUGGAACAACAUAUAACAUGCAACACUAAAGAAGGAUUAAUAUGCUACAAUAAAGACCAACUACCACCGAUCUGCUACAACUACGAAGUAAGAUUUAAGUGCUGUAAAAAUGUAACAGUACCAUGCCAAACAACAAAAACACCAUAUUCAACUACAAAAAAACCAACAACUUCGACAAUUUCAACAACACAAACUACACCAUAUACAGAAACAUCAACAAUGACAUACACACCAAAGAUACAAACAAAACAUAAGACAACAACUAUAGAAACAAUUCCACCAAGAACAGAAAAUAUACAUAGCGAAACAACAUCAACACCAAAACAAAGCAUACAAACAGAAACAAAGACAACAACCAUCCUAACAGUCACAACCUCCACCUCCACCGCUACGCCCACUACAACAAUAGAAACCAGCACCAGCACCAGCACCCUCACGCCCACCCCUACUCUCAUCUCCACUACCAGCUCACCUUCCACCACGACCCACGUUACCGCCUGCGAACUUGAACUCUGCUCCUGGACCGACUGGUUUGACGUUGACUUCCCCUCCUCGGGGACAAGCCAGGGAGACUUUGAAACCUACCAGCACAUCCGCGCUGCCGGGAAGGAAGUCUGUCAACAGCCAAAACAAAUUGAGUGCCAGGCCGAGGACUACCCCGAGAUUUCCAUCGAACAAGUCGGACAGGUGGUGCAGUGUGACGUUCACUACGGACUGGUGUGCAAGAACCAGGACCAGCACGGCAGUUUUAAGAUGUGCCUCAACUACAGGAUCCGCGUCCUCUGCUGCCGGCCUAACCCCGACUGCGUGCAGACCAUUACUCCUACCACCAGUCCCACCACCACCAUCUCCACAGGCACCUCCUCCUCCACUACACCCACCCUCUCAGUCACAACCUCCACCUCCACCGCUACGCCCACUACAACAAUAGAAACCAGCACCAGCACCAGCACCCUCACGCCCACCCCUACCCUCAUCUCCACUACCAGCUCACCUUCCACCACGACCCACGUUACCGCCUGCGAACUUGAACUCUGCUCCUGGACCGACUGGUUUGACGUUGACUUCCCCUCCUCGGGGACAAGCCAGGGAGACUUUGAAACCUACCAGCACAUCCGCGCUGCCGGGAAGGAAGUCUGUCAACAGCCAAAACAAAUUGAGUGCCAGGCCGAGGACUACCCCGAGAUUUCCAUCGAACAAGUCGGACAGGUGGUGCAGUGUGACGUUCACUACGGACUGGUGUGCAAGAACCAGGACCAGCACGGCAGUUUUAAGAUGUGCCUCAACUACAGGAUCCGCGUCCUCUGCUGCCGGCCUAACCCCGACUGCGUGCAGACCAUUACUCCUACCACCAGUCCCACCACCACCAUCUCCACAGGCACCUCCUCCUCCACUACACCCACCCUCUCAGUCACAACCUCCACCUCCACCGCUACGCCCACUACAACAAUAGAAACCAGCACCAGCACCAGCACCCUCACGCCCACCCCUACCCUCAUCUCCACUACCAGCUCACCUUCCACCACGACCCACGUUACCGCCUGCGAACUUGAACUCUGCUCCUGGACCGACUGGUUUGACGUUGACUUCCCCUCCUCGGGGACAAGCCAGGGAGACUUUGAAACCUACCAGCACAUCCGCGCUGCCGGGAAGGAAGUCUGUCAACAGCCAAAACAAAUUGAGUGCCAGGCCGAGGACUACCCCGAGAUUUCCAUCGAACAAGUCGGACAGGUGGUGCAGUGUGACGUUCACUACGGACUGGUGUGCAAGAACCAGGACCAGCACGGCAGUUUUAAGAUGUGCCUCAACUACAGGAUCCGCGUCCUCUGCUGCCGGCCUAACCCCGACUGCGUGCAGACCAUUACUCCUACCACCAGUCCCACCACCACCAUCUCCACAGGCACCUCCUCCUCCACUACACCCACCCUCUCAGUCACAACCUCCACCUCCACCGCUACGCCCACUACAACAAUAGAAACCAGCACCAGCACCAGCACCCUCACGCCCACCCCUACCCUCAUCUCCACUACCAGCUCACCUUCCACCACGACCCACGUUACCGCCUGCGAACUUGAACUCUGCUCCUGGACCGACUGGUUUGACGUUGACUUCCCCUCCUCGGGGACAAGCCAGGGAGACUUUGAAACCUACCAGCACAUCCGCGCUGCCGGGAAGGAAGUCUGUCAACAGCCAAAACAAAUUGAGUGCCAGGCCGAGGACUACCCCGAGAUUUCCAUCGAACAAGUCGGACAGGUGGUGCAGUGUGACGUUCACUACGGACUGGUGUGCAAGAACCAGGACCAGCACGGCAGUUUUAAGAUGUGCCUCAACUACAGGAUCCGCGUCCUCUGCUGCCGGCCUAACCCCGACUGCGUGCAGACCAUUACUCCUACCACCAGUCCCACCACCACCAUCUCCACAGGCACCUCCUCCUCCACUACACCCACCCUCUCAGUCACAACCUCCACCUCCACCGCUACGCCCACUACAACAAUAGAAACCAGCACCAGCACCAGCACCCUCACGCCCACCCCUACCCUCAUCUCCACUACCAGCUCACCUUCCACCACGACCCACGUUACCGCCUGCGAACUUGAACUCUGCUCCUGGACCGACUGGUUUGACGUUGACUUCCCCUCCUCGGGGACAAGCCAGGGAGACUUUGAAACCUACCAGCACAUCCGCGCUGCCGGGAAGGAAGUCUGUCAACAGCCAAAACAAAUUGAGUGCCAGGCCGAGGACUACCCCGAGAUUUCCAUCGAACAAGUCGGACAGGUGGUGCAGUGUGACGUUCACUACGGACUGGUGUGCAAGAACCAGGACCAGCACGGCAGUUUUAAGAUGUGCCUCAACUACAGGAUCCGCGUCCUCUGCUGCCGGCCUAACCCCGACUGCGUGCAGACCAUUACUCCUACCACCAGUCCCACCACCACCAUCUCCACAGGCACCUCCUCCUCCACUACACCCACCCUCUCAGUCACAACCUCCACCUCCACCGCUACGCCCACUACAACAAUAGAAACCAGCACCAGCACCAGCACCCUCACGCCCACCCCUACCCUCAUCUCCACUACCAGCUCACCUUCCACCACGACCCACGUUACCGCCUGCGAACUUGAACUCUGCUCCUGGACCGACUGGUUUGACGUUGACUUCCCCUCCUCGGGGACAAGCCAGGGAGACUUUGAAACCUACCAGCACAUCCGCGCUGCCGGGAAGGAAGUCUGUCAACAGCCAAAACAAAUUGAGUGCCAGGCCGAGGACUACCCCGAGAUUUCCAUCGAACAAGUCGGACAGGUGGUGCAGUGUGACGUUCACUAUGGACUGGUGUGCAAGAACCAGGACCAGCAUGGCAGUUUUAAGAUGUGCCUCAACUACAGGAUCCGCGUCCUCUGCUGCCGGCCUAACCCCGACUGCGUGCAGACCAUUACUCCUACCACCAGUCCCACCACCACCAUCUCCACAGGCACCUCCUCCUCCACUACACCCACCCUCUCAGUCACAACCUCCACCUCCACCGCUACGCCCACUACAACAAUAGAAACCAGCACCAGCACCAGCACCCUCACGCCCACCCCUACCCUCAUCUCCACUACCAGCUCACCUUCCACCACGACCCACGUUACCGCCUGCGAACUUGAACUCUGCUCCUGGACCGACUGGUUUGACGUUGACUUCCCCUCCUCGGGGACAAGCCAGGGAGACUUUGAAACCUACCAGCACAUCCGCGCUGCCGGGAAGGAAGUCUGUCAACAGCCAAAACAAAUUGAGUGCCAGGCCGAGGACUACCCCGAGAUUUCCAUCGAACAAGUCGGACAGGUGGUGCAGUGUGACGUUCACUACGGACUGGUGUGCAAGAACCAGGACCAGCACGGCAGUUUUAAGAUGUGCCUCAACUACAGGAUCCGCGUCCUCUGCUGCCGGCCUAACCCCGACUGCGUGCAGACCAUUACUCCUACCACCAGUCCCACCACCACCAUCUCCACAGGCACCUCCUCCUCCACUACACCCACCCUCUCAGUCACAACCUCCACCUCCACCGCUACGCCCACUACAACAAUAGAAACCAGCACCAGCACCAGCACCCUCACGCCCACCCCUACCCUCAUCUCCACUACCAGCUCACCUUCCACCACGACCCACGUUACCGCCUGCGAACUUGAACUCUGCUCCUGGACCGACUGGUUUGACGUUGACUUCCCCUCCUCGGGGACAAGCCAGGGAGACUUUGAAACCUACCAGCACAUCCGCGCUGCCGGGAAGGAAGUCUGUCAACAGCCAAAACAAAUUGAGUGCCAGGCCGAGGACUACCCCGAGAUUUCCAUCGAACAAGUCGGACAGGUGGUGCAGUGUGACGUUCACUACGGACUGGUGUGCAAGAACCAGGACCAGCACGGCAGUUUUAAGAUGUGCCUCAACUACAGGAUCCGCGUCCUCUGCUGCCGGCCUAACCCCGACUGCGUGCAGACCAUUACUCCUACCACCAGUCCCACCACCACCAUCUCCACAGGCACCUCCUCCUCCACUACACCCACCCUCUCAGUCACAACCUCCACCUCCACCGCUACGCCCACUACAACAAUAGAAACCAGCACCAGCACCAGCACCCUCACGCCCACCCCUACCCUCAUCUCCACUACCAGCUCACCUUCCACCACGACCCACGUUACCGCCUGCGAACUUGAACUCUGCUCCUGGACCGACUGGUUUGACGUUGACUUCCCCUCCUCGGGGACAAGCCAGGGAGACUUUGAAACCUACCAGCACAUCCGCGCUGCCGGGAAGGAAGUCUGUCAACAGCCAAAACAAAUUGAGUGCCAGGCCGAGGACUACCCCGAGAUUUCCAUCGAACAAGUCGGACAGGUGGUGCAGUGUGACGUUCACUACGGACUGGUGUGCAAGAACCAGGACCAGCACGGCAGUUUUAAGAUGUGCCUCAACUACAGGAUCCGCGUCCUCUGCUGCCGGCCUAACCCCGACUGCGUGCAGACCAUUACUCCUACCACCAGUCCCACCACCACCAUCUCCACAGGCACCUCCUCCUCCACUACACCCACCCUCUCAGUCACAACCUCCACCUCCACCGCUACGCCCACUACAACAAUAGAAACCAGCACCAGCACCAGCACCCUCACGCCCACCCCUACCCUCAUCUCCACUACCAGCUCACCUUCCACCACGACCCACGUUACCGCCUGCGAACUUGAACUCUGCUCCUGGACCGACUGGUUUGACGUUGACUUCCCCUCCUCGGGGACAAGCCAGGGAGACUUUGAAACCUACCAGCACAUCCGCGCUGCCGGGAAGGAAGUCUGUCAACAGCCAAAACAAAUUGAGUGCCAGGCCGAGGACUACCCCGAGAUUUCCAUCGAACAAGUCGGACAGGUGGUGCAGUGUGACGUUCACUACGGACUGGUGUGCAAGAACCAGGACCAGCACGGCAGUUUUAAGAUGUGCCUCAACUACAGGAUCCGCGUCCUCUGCUGCCGGCCUAACCCCGACUGCGUGCAGACCAUUACUCCUACCACCAGUCCCACCACCACCAUCUCCACAGGCACCUCCUCCUCCACUACACCCACCCUCUCAGUCACAACCUCCACCUCCACCGCUACGCCCACUACAACAAUAGAAACCAGCACCAGCACCAGCACCCUCACGCCCACCCCUACCCUCAUCUCCACUACCAGCUCACCUUCCACCACGACCCACGUUACCGCCUGCGAACUUGAACUCUGCUCCUGGACCGACUGGUUUGACGUUGACUUCCCCUCCUCGGGGACAAGCCAGGGAGACUUUGAAACCUACCAGCACAUCCGCGCUGCCGGGAAGGAAGUCUGUCAACAGCCAAAACAAAUUGAGUGCCAGGCCGAGGACUACCCCGAGAUUUCCAUCGAACAAGUCGGACAGGUGGUGCAGUGUGACGUUCACUACGGACUGGUGUGCAAGAACCAGGACCAGCACGGCAGUUUUAAGAUGUGCCUCAACUACAGGAUCCGCGUCCUCUGCUGCCGGCCUAACCCCGACUGCGUGCAGACCAUUACUCCUACCACCAGUCCCACCACCACCAUCUCCACAGGCACCUCCUCCUCCACUACACCCACCCUCUCAGUCACAACCUCCACCUCCACCGCUACGCCCACUACAACAAUAGAAACCAGCACCAGCACCAGCACCCUCACGCCCACCCCUACCCUCAUCUCCACUACCAGCUCACCUUCCACCACGACCCACGUUACCGCCUGCGAACUUGAACUCUGCUCCUGGACCGACUGGUUUGACGUUGACUUCCCCUCCUCGGGGACAAGCCAGGGAGACUUUGAAACCUACCAGCACAUCCGCGCUGCCGGGAAGGAAGUCUGUCAACAGCCAAAACAAAUUGAGUGCCAGGCCGAGGACUACCCCGAGAUUUCCAUCGAACAAGUCGGACAGGUGGUGCAGUGUGACGUUCACUACGGACUGGUGUGCAAGAACCAGGACCAGCACGGCAGUUUUAAGAUGUGCCUCAACUACAGGAUCCGCGUCCUCUGCUGCCGGCCUAACCCCGACUGCGUGCAGACCAUUACUCCUACCACCAGUCCCACCACCACCAUCUCCACAGGCACCUCCUCCUCCACUACACCCACCCUCUCAGUCACAACCUCCACCUCCACCGCUACGCCCACUACAACAAUAGAAACCAGCACCAGCACCAGCACCCUCACGCCCACCCCUACCCUCAUCUCCACUACCAGCUCACCUUCCACCACGACCCACGUUACCGCCUGCGAACUUGAACUCUGCUCCUGGACCGACUGGUUUGACGUUGACUUCCCCUCCUCGGGGACAAGCCAGGGAGACUUUGAAACCUACCAGCACAUCCGCGCUGCCGGGAAGGAAGUCUGUCAACAGCCAAAACAAAUUGAGUGCCAGGCCGAGGACUACCCCGAGAUUUCCAUCGAACAAGUCGGACAGGUGGUGCAGUGUGACGUUCACUACGGACUGGUGUGCAAGAACCAGGACCAGCACGGCAGUUUUAAGAUGUGCCUCAACUACAGGAUCCGCGUCCUCUGCUGCCGGCCUAACCCCGACUGCGUGCAGACCAUUACUCCUACCACCAGUCCCACCACCACCAUCUCCACAGGCACCUCCUCCUCCACUACACCCACCCUCUCAGUCACAACCUCCACCUCCACCGCUACGCCCACUACAACAAUAGAAACCAGCACCAGCACCAGCACCCUCACGCCCACCCCUACCCUCAUCUCCACUACCAGCUCACCUUCCACCACGACCCACGUUACCGCCUGCGAACUUGAACUCUGCUCCUGGACCGACUGGUUUGACGUUGACUUCCCCUCCUCGGGGACAAGCCAGGGAGACUUUGAAACCUACCAGCACAUCCGCGCUGCCGGGAAGGAAGUCUGUCAACAGCCAAAACAAAUUGAGUGCCAGGCCGAGGACUACCCCGAGAUUUCCAUCGAACAAGUCGGACAGGUGGUGCAGUGUGACGUUCACUACGGACUGGUGUGCAAGAACCAGGACCAGCACGGCAGUUUUAAGAUGUGCCUCAACUACAGGAUCCGCGUCCUCUGCUGCCGGCCUAACCCCGACUGCGUGCAGACCAUUACUCCUACCACCAGUCCCACCACCACCAUCUCCACAGGCACCUCCUCCUCCACUACACCCACCCUCUCAGUCACAACCUCCACCUCCACCGCUACGCCCACUACAACAAUAGAAACCAGCACCAGCACCAGCACCCUCACGCCCACCCCUACCCUCAUCUCCACUACCAGCUCACCUUCCACCACGACCCACGUUACCGCCUGCGAACUUGAACUCUGCUCCUGGACCGACUGGUUUGACGUUGACUUCCCCUCCUCGGGGACAAGCCAGGGAGACUUUGAAACCUACCAGCACAUCCGCGCUGCCGGGAAGGAAGUCUGUCAACAGCCAAAACAAAUUGAGUGCCAGGCCGAGGACUACCCCGAGAUUUCCAUCGAACAAGUCGGACAGGUGGUGCAGUGUGACGUUCACUACGGACUGGUGUGCAAGAACCAGGACCAGCACGGCAGUUUUAAGAUGUGCCUCAACUACAGGAUCCGCGUCCUCUGCUGCCGGCCUAACCCCGACUGCGUGCAGACCAUUACUCCUACCACCAGUCCCACCACCACCAUCUCCACAGGCACCUCCUCCUCCACUACACCCACCCUCUCAGUCACAACCUCCACCUCCACCGCUACGCCCACUACAACAAUAGAAACCAGCACCAGCACCAGCACCCUCACGCCCACCCCUACCCUCAUCUCCACUACCAGCUCACCUUCCACCACGACCCACGUUACCGCCUGCGAACUUGAACUCUGCUCCUGGACCGACUGGUUUGACGUUGACUUCCCCUCCUCGGGGACAAGCCAGGGAGACUUUGAAACCUACCAGCACAUCCGCGCUGCCGGGAAGGAAGUCUGUCAACAGCCAAAACAAAUUGAGUGCCAGGCCGAGGACUACCCCGAGAUUUCCAUCGAACAAGUCGGACAGGUGGUGCAGUGUGACGUUCACUACGGACUGGUGUGCAAGAACCAGGACCAGCACGGCAGUUUUAAGAUGUGCCUCAACUACAGGAUCCGCGUCCUCUGCUGCCGGCCUAACCCCGACUGCGUGCAGACCAUUACUCCUACCACCAGUCCCACCACCACCAUCUCCACAGGCACCUCCUCCUCCACUACACCCACCCUCUCAGUCACAACCUCCACCUCCACCGCUACGCCCACUACAACAAUAGAAACCAGCACCAGCACCAGCACCCUCACGCCCACCCCUACCCUCAUCUCCACUACCAGCUCACCUUCCACCACGACCCACGUUACCGCCUGCGAACUUGAACUCUGCUCCUGGACCGACUGGUUUGACGUUGACUUCCCCUCCUCGGGGACAAGCCAGGGAGACUUUGAAACCUACCAGCACAUCCGCGCUGCCGGGAAGGAAGUCUGUCAACAGCCAAAACAAAUUGAGUGCCAGGCCGAGGACUACCCCGAGAUUUCCAUCGAACAAGUCGGACAGGUGGUGCAGUGUGACGUUCACUACGGACUGGUGUGCAAGAACCAGGACCAGCACGGCAGUUUUAAGAUGUGCCUCAACUACAGGAUCCGCGUCCUCUGCUGCCGGCCUAACCCCGACUGCGUGCAGACCAUUACUCCUACCACCAGUCCCACCACCACCAUCUCCACAGGCACCUCCUCCUCCACUACACCCACCCUCUCAGUCACAACCUCCACCUCCACCGCUACGCCCACUACAACAAUAGAAACCAGCACCAGCACCAGCACCCUCACGCCCACCCCUACCCUCAUCUCCACUACCAGCUCACCUUCCACCACGACCCACGUUACCGCCUGCGAACUUGAACUCUGCUCCUGGACCGACUGGUUUGACGUUGACUUCCCCUCCUCGGGGACAAGCCAGGGAGACUUUGAAACCUACCAGCACAUCCGCGCUGCCGGGAAGGAAGUCUGUCAACAGCCAAAACAAAUUGAGUGCCAGGCCGAGGACUACCCCGAGAUUUCCAUCGAACAAGUCGGACAGGUGGUGCAGUGUGACGUUCACUACGGACUGGUGUGCAAGAACCAGGACCAGCACGGCAGUUUUAAGAUGUGCCUCAACUACAGGAUCCGCGUCCUCUGCUGCCGGCCUAACCCCGACUGCGUGCAGACCACUACUCCUACCACCAGUCCCACCACCACCAUCUCCACAGGCACCUCCUCCUCCACUACACCCACCCUCUCAGUCACAACCUCCACCUCCACCGCUACGCCCACUACAACAAUAGAAACCAGCACCAGCACCAGCACCCUCACGCCCACCCCUACCCUCAUCUCCACUACCAGCUCACCUUCCACCACGACCCACGUUACCGCCUGCGAACUUGAACUCUGCUCCUGGACCGACUGGUUUGACGUUGACUUCCCCUCCUCGGGGACAAGCCAGGGAGACUUUGAAACCUACCAGCACAUCCGCGCUGCCGGGAAGGAAGUCUGUCAACAGCCAAAACAAAUUGAGUGCCAGGCCGAGGACUACCCCGAGAUUUCCAUCGAACAAGUCGGACAGGUGGUGCAGUGUGACGUUCACUACGGACUGGUGUGCAAGAACCAGGACCAGCACGGCAGUUUUAAGAUGUGCCUCAACUACAGGAUCCGCGUCCUCUGCUGCCGGCCUAACCCCGACUGCGUGCAGACCAUUACUCCUACCACCAGUCCCACCACCACCAUCUCCACAGGCACCUCCUCCUCCACUACACCCACCCUCUCAGUCACAACCUCCACCUCCACCGCUACGCCCACUACAACAAUAGAAACCAGCACCAGCACCAGCACCCUCACGCCCACCCCUACCCUCAUCUCCACUACCAGCUCACCUUCCACCACGACCCACGUUACCGCCUGCGAACUUGAACUCUGCUCCUGGACCGACUGGUUUGACGUUGACUUCCCCUCCUCGGGGACAAGCCAGGGAGACUUUGAAACCUACCAGCACAUCCGCGCUGCCGGGAAGGAAGUCUGUCAACAGCCAAAACAAAUUGAGUGCCAGGCCGAGGACUACCCCGAGAUUUCCAUCGAACAAGUCGGACAGGUGGUGCAGUGUGACGUUCACUACGGACUGGUGUGCAAGAACCAGGACCAGCACGGCAGUUUUAAGAUGUGCCUCAACUACAGGAUCCGCGUCCUCUGCUGCCGGCCUAACCCCGACUGCGUGCAGACCACUACUCCUACCACCAGUCCCACCACCACCAUCUCCACAGGCACCUCCUCCUCCACUACACCCACCCUCUCAGUCACAACCUCCACCUCCACCGCUACGCCCACUACAACAAUAGAAACCAGCACCAGCACCAGCACCCUCACGCCCACCCCUACCCUCAUCUCCACUACCAGCUCACCUUCCACCACGACCCACGUUACCGCCUGCGAACUUGAACUCUGCUCCUGGACCGACUGGUUUGACGUUGACUUCCCCUCCUCGGGGACAAGCCAGGGAGACUUUGAAACCUACCAGCACAUCCGCGCUGCCGGGAAGGAAGUCUGUCAACAGCCAAAACAAAUUGAGUGCCAGGCCGAGGACUACCCCGAGAUUUCCAUCGAACAAGUCGGACAGGUGGUGCAGUGUGACGUUCACUACGGACUGGUGUGCAAGAACCAGGACCAGCACGGCAGUUUUAAGAUGUGCCUCAACUACAGGAUCCGCGUCCUCUGCUGCCGGCCUAACCCCGACUGCGUGCAGACCAUUACUCCUACCACCAGUCCCACCACCACCAUCUCCACAGGCACCUCCUCCUCCACUACACCCACCCUCUCAGUCACAACCUCCACCUCCACCGCUACGCCCACUACAACAAUAGAAACCAGCACCAGCACCAGCACCCUCACGCCCACCCCUACCCUCAUCUCCACUACCAGCUCACCUUCCACCACGACCCACGUUACCGCCUGCGAACUUGAACUCUGCUCCUGGACCGACUGGUUUGACGUUGACUUCCCCUCCUCGGGGACAAGCCAGGGAGACUUUGAAACCUACCAGCACAUCCGCGCUGCCGGGAAGGAAGUCUGUCAACAGCCAAAACAAAUUGAGUGCCAGGCCGAGGACUACCCCGAGAUUUCCAUCGAACAAGUCGGACAGGUGGUGCAGUGUGACGUUCACUACGGACUGGUGUGCAAGAACCAGGACCAGCACGGCAGUUUUAAGAUGUGCCUCAACUACAGGAUCCGCGUCCUCUGCUGCCGGCCUAACCCCGACUGCGUGCAGACCAUUACUCCUACCACCAGUCCCACCACCACCAUCUCCACAGGCACCUCCUCCUCCACUACACCCACCCUCUCAGUCACAACCUCCACCUCCACCACUACGCCCACUACAACAAUAGAAACCAGCACCAGCACCCUCACACCCACCCCUACCCUCAUCUCCACUACCAGCUCACCUUCCACCACGACCCACGUUACCGCCUGCGAACUUGAACUCUGCUCCUGGACCGACUGGUUUGACGUUGACUUCCCCUCCUCGGGGACAAGCCAGGGAGACUUUGAAACCUACCAGCACAUCCGCGCUGCCGGGAAGGAAGUCUGUCAACAGCCAAAACAAAUUGAGUGCCAGGCCGAGGACUACCCCGAGAUUUCCAUCGAACAAGUCGGACAGGUGGUGCAGUGUGACGUUCACUACGGACUGGUGUGCAAGAACCAGGACCAGCACGGCAGUUUUAAGAUGUGCCUCAACUACAGGAUCCGCGUCCUCUGCUGCCGGCCUAACCCCGACUGCGUGCAGACCACUACUCCUACCACCAGUCCCACCACCACCAUCUCCACAGGCACCUCCUCCUCCACUACACCCACCCUCUCAGUCACAACCUCCACCUCCACCGCUACGCCCACUACAACAAUAGAAACCAGCACCAGCACCAGCACCCUCACGCCCACCCCUACUCUCAUCUCCACUACCAGCUCACCUUCCACCACGACCCACGUUACCGCCUGCGAACUUGAACUCUGCUCCUGGACCGACUGGUUUGACGUUGACUUCCCCUCCUCGGGGACAAGCCAGGGAGACUUUGAAACCUACCAGCACAUCCGCGCUGCCGGGAAGGAAGUCUGUCAACAGCCAAAACAAAUUGAGUGCCAGGCCGAGGACUACCCCGAGAUUUCCAUCGAACAAGUCGGACAGGUGGUGCAGUGUGACGUUCACUACGGACUGGUGUGCAAGAACCAGGACCAGCACGGCAGUUUUAAGAUGUGCCUCAACUACAGGAUCCGCGUCCUCUGCUGCCGGCCUAACCCCGACUGCGUGCAGACCAUUACUCCUACCACCAGUCCCACCACCACCAUCUCCACAGGCACCUCCUCCUCCACUACACCCACCCUCUCAGUCACAACCUCCACCUCCACCGCUACGCCCACUACAACAAUAGAAACCAGCACCAGCACCAGCACCCUCACGCCCACCCCUACCCUCAUCUCCACUACCAGCUCACCUUCCACCACGACCCACGUUACCGCCUGCGAACUUGAACUCUGCUCCUGGACCGACUGGUUUGACGUUGACUUCCCCUCCUCGGGGACAAGCCAGGGAGACUUUGAAACCUACCAGCACAUCCGCGCUGCCGGGAAGGAAGUCUGUCAACAGCCAAAACAAAUUGAGUGCCAGGCCGAGGACUACCCCGAGAUUUCCAUCGAACAAGUCGGACAGGUGGUGCAGUGUGACGUUCACUACGGACUGGUGUGCAAGAACCAGGACCAGCACGGCAGUUUUAAGAUGUGCCUCAACUACAGGAUCCGCGUCCUCUGCUGCCGGCCUAACCCCGACUGCGUGCAGACCAUUACUCCUACCACCAGUCCCACCACCACCAUCUCCACAGGCACCUCCUCCUCCACUACACCCACCCUCUCAGUCACAAGCUCUACAAUGUCUACCAUAUUCAGCACUAGUACCUCUAUAUCAACACCCUGUUUCUGUAAAAUUGGAAACAACAUUUAUUCUCCUGGUGAACUGAUUUACAGCACGAUGGAUAGUGAUGGAUGUAGAUUUUAUGCUAGGUGUAGUGAAACAUGUACAAUUGAACGCUACACUGGAGACUGUAAUUUUACUACUCCAGUAACCACAACAUCCCCUCAGACGCCUACCAUAAUAACAUCACGUCCCACUCUUCCUCCGGGUUGUGUUUCUAGUACUCACCCUCCUCUACAGCCUGGCCAGAAAUUCAAAUUAUCCAACUGUACAGAACUCAUCUGUGAGGGAAACAACAAAGUUGUAGUAAAUCAAACAGUGUGUCCACCUGUAAAGGAAAUUACCUGUGCGAACAAAUACCCAGCAAUAUUGGUACCUGAUGAAAAUGGAUGCUGUUACCACUAUGAGUGUCAAUGUGUGUGCAGUGGAUGGGGUGAUCCUCAUUAUAUUACUUUUGAUGGAACCUACUAUACUUUCCUUGAAAACUGCACUUAUGUUCUGGUGAAACAGAUUGUGCCUAAAUUUGACAACUUCCGUGUUCACAUUGAGAAUUACUACUGUGAUUCAAAAGAUGGACUUUCCUGUCCUAAAUCCAUUAUUAUUUUCUACAAAUCUGCAACAGUGAAGCUGACCCGUGAACUCCUGAAUGGCAUGAUGACAAAUGUGAUGUACUUCAACAAUAAGAUUGUCCAACCAGGCUUUCACAAAGACGGCAUUUAUUUCUCCACGCUUGGUAUCAAUAUGAUUGUAGAAAUACCAGAGAUUGGCGCAACCAUCACCUUCAGUGGGCUCAUCUUUUCUGUGAAACUUCCGUAUAGCAAAUUUGGCAACAAUACUGAAGGACAAUGUGGAACAUGUACAAAUAACAAAAGAGAUGAAUGUCGCUUGCCAAGUGGUAAGAUCAUUUCCUCCUGUCCCCAAAUGGCUCAUCACUGGCUUGUUGGUAAUGAUACAUCGUGCUCUGGAGUACCAACACCACCAAUAGUAACCACACCUCCUGCAAGGCCGCAGUGUCAUGUUCCUGAACUCUGCAAGCUUAUCAUAAGCAAAGUUUUUGCAGAAUGCCAUGAUGUAAUACCACCAGAACCAUUUUACAAAGGAUGUGUUUUUGAUGGAUGUCGCAUAACUGAUGAAUCCAUGCAGUGUUCCAGUUUAGAGAUAUAUGCUACAGAGUGUGCUGCAAGAGGUGUCUGCAUUGACUGGAGAGGAAAGACAAACAAUACCUGCCCAUACAAUUGUCCAGCAAACAUGGUAUACAAGCCGUGCGGGUCCAUUAAUCCUGCUACCUGCAGCCAAAGCUUUGUUGACCAUCCUGGCUAUGGAGUAACUGAAGGUUGUUUCUGUCCUGAAGGAGAGACACUCCUAAGUGAAGACAGCAACACUUGUGUCUCUGAAUGCUCUUGUAGAGAACCAAAUGGAAUACCCAGAUGGCCAGGAGAAAAAUGGACCAAAAAUUGCCAGGAGUGUGUUUGUGACAGAUCCACUCUCAGAGUGCAUUGUACAAAACACGAAUGUCCUCUGCCACAGCAAGUGUCUUGUUCUGAACCAGGAUACAUGCCUGUUCAGACACAGAUACCAGAAGAUCCAUGCUGUACCAGGACUGAGUGCUACUGCAAUACGAGCCUCUGCCCUGAGGUCACACACCAAUGCUUUGAGGGACAGGAAGUAAUUACAGUAAUACAGCCUGGAAAAUGCUGCCCUACCUUUGAAUGCAGACAUGGCUGUGUAGUCAAUGAAACCUACUAUGCACCUGGAACUGUGAUCCCAUCAGGCCCCUGUGAAAGCUGCACCUGCUCCAGAUCAUCUUAUUCAGGCCGUCAGAAGUUUGCUGUCAAGUGCCAGCCUGUUACCUGUGACACCUACUGUCCAGUGGGUUAUAAGUAUACAGAGGAACCUGGAAAAUGCUGUGGCACAUGCAAGGCUGAGGCCUGCAUAGUGGUCAUGGAAGACGGCACUACACACGUGCUUAAGGUUGGAAAAUUCUGGAGCCCACCUGGUAAUAACUGUACAACUUACACAUGUGAAAAAUACAACGGCCAGUUCAUGACAGUCAUCUCAAAGAAAAGCUGUCCCGCCUUCAACCCUGAUCUCUGUGAACCUGACAACAUCCAGCUAUCAGAUGACGGCUGCUGUAGAGUGUGCUCAAUCCCACCAUCAGGUUGCAAGAAGCACAACACCUCUACUGUCAUCAAAUACCAAGGAUGUGUUUCUGCACCUGUUGAGAUGACAUACUGUGAAGGCAGCUGUGAUGCUUACUCAAAGUACUCUCAAGAAGCGAACAUGAUGGAACAUAAAUGCUCAUGUUGUCAGGAAAUCCAGACUAGCAUAAGAAAGGUGACUUUGACAUGCAGUGAUGGAACCUAUCUUGAUCACUCAUACACCUAUGUGGACCAAUGCAGCUGCGUGGGUGCUGAGUGUGUUCCCCAAGACAUUGCCAACCAACAACAGCAAACAGGCAAAAUAUGAGAUGAAGACCUCUCAAGAAAAAGGGAAUGUCUAAAAUUAAAACUAAGGAGAAGACAAAUGAGUUGAAUAUAGAUGAAAACAAACAUUUGAAAAAAGUGUCAAAAGCAGCUACAAUUUUCGAUGAACAGAUUAUAUUUUCUGCAUACAAGCUCAAUACGUCUGUCCACAUUAUUUCAGCUUUCCUUAUCAUUAUAUCUCAUACUGUUUUACAUGACUUUUCUUUACACCUUGAGAGGUACAGUAUAAGAUCAUUUUUAUAUUUCUUGUUAGUUUGUCUUAUGAGAAGUGCUAAACAAUAAGACUGAGACCACACAAAUUCUUUUAUUAGAACGACAUUCUUUUCUGCCUCGAGGCUUUCCUUUGGUGGCACAAUAUAAACUGCACUGGUGCAGAAUAAAUAUUACUAAGUCGGAAAUCAAGUUUUGCUGGUCAUUACAUUCCGCAACUACUUGACAAUAUCUAAGAUUUCCAUUGAUAUACUGAACUAUUACAGAACAUUUUAAUUUCAGUUCACUGAGAUAGAUCAAAAGCUAAAGUCCAAGAAAAAGAAAAGAAAACUGUACCUCUCUUUUGUUUUUCUUUUUUGCAUUAUGGAAAACUUAGAUUGCAAAAAGCCAUACCUUCUCAAAGCUAUGAAAUUCAAUGUUAUAAACAAUAUUUAGGGCAUUUCCCUAUCUAUUCUCAUGAGAAAGAAAGGAAAGAAAAGAAAGAAGAAAGAAAGAAAAAAAAAGAGAAAGAAAAAAAAAGAAAGAUACUAUAAUGAUAAGCUGCUGCAUACUCACACUACUUGUUGUUUACAUAACAUCAUCAGCAUAGAAACUGUAUGAAAAUUUGGAAUUUUUUUUUUCUUUGUGGUUAACUGUUUACAGAAGAAGUAUAUAUAUAUAUAUAUUGCCAACAGGGCAUAUGAAGGACUUUUGUAAACAAAAGUAAUAAUAAUAAUAAUAUUAUAUGUAAAUUCUUUCCUAGAAAGCUUUUAAAAAGUUGUACUAUUGCUAUUUAUUUUGUUUUUUGGAGAACUGAUUUAUUGGGCCAUUUCUUUCAGAAUUAAUGUUUACCCAUUUGUUAGUCUUAGUCAUAUUAUCUGGGUGUGGUAUAUUUUCUUCUUUCAUUUUGUUUUGGAAUAUUGUUUUAUUUUUGUUCUUUAUGAAAAAAGUAAUGAUGAUUAAUAAAUUUUAAGCAUUUUA